AUGAGGUUUGUUCCGCAUCGAAAUCCCGGAUUUCAAACUGCAGAUAUUUACGACGACACGUUCACUGAUUUCAGUUCAGACUACGAUUCAGAUGAUGGUUUUAACACAGAAUUGGAGGACACUGAGGGAAAUAUCUUACAUUCGGAUGUCACCCUUCCUUUAGAAGAGUUAGAACAAUUACCCGAGUUUCUCUCUGAACAGGGGUUGAACAAACGUUUCGACCUUGCUUGUAAAUUAGCAGAUCAUAAAGAGCUCAUUCCUAUACGUCAAUAUUCGCCUAAUCUGAAGCCGUCUUCUCGUUUACCCACAUCUGAGUCAGCUCAAACUCAAGUCGAGAGAAAUAGAGACGACAAUUUGGAGUCGUAUUUUGUAUCAAGAUUUACAGAGGAGAAACUGAAAAGAAAACAGAAACUUGAUUUUCUGAUCAAAGAGGAAGAGGAGAGAAAGAGGAAAAUAGAGGAGGAACGUCGUAGGAAGGAGGAAGAAGAAAGGCGACGGAGGGAAGCCGAGGCACGCCGUAUUAAGGAAGAAGCAGAGAAAAAGGCAAGAGAGGAAGCAGAACGUAAGCGUCGUGAGGAGGAGGAAAAGAGGAAAGCCUUAGAAGAGGAGAAACGACGUGUUGAACGACUUGAAAAAGCAAGGAGGGAACAGGAAGAAGCCCUGAAAAAGCAAAAGGAGGCAGAGCAUGAAGCCAAAAGAAAACUAGAUGCAGCAAGGAAAGAAGAAGAGGAGAAGAAGGCUCUAGAGGAAGCCAAAAAUUCCAUCGUCAAACCUAGUGAGAUUGAAAAAUUGUACAUGAAGUAUAUGGAUAAUAUCAAAGUAAUCGAAGAGACUAUUCUAAAUCCAGUCAGGGAGGAUAAGGAAUUGAAAAAGGUUGUCGGAACUCAUAAACGUAAAAUCAACCCAAAAUUUGGUCAAUUAACAAAUAGCCAACAACAAUAUUUUAGGUUAGUUACUGAAAUAAGAGACUUAAUCCUACAGACACAGUCGAAUGAGCUAGCAUAUAAAUGGAUCCUUAAUUUUGUUUCAGAUGCCAUCAUCUCACAGGCUGAAACAGAAGUUUCAGUAAAACCCAAAUCGUCGCUACCGUUAGCUAAACUUACUCUGAAUUUAAUGCUGCUAUUUCCUGCACUUCGACACUAUAUGCUUUGCAAGUUUUACAGAUCCUGUCCUAUGCUUAUAGGUUAUUCUUGUUCGGAAGAUACAGAAGAGGGAAGAGGUCGUAUGGGUUGGAUGAGAGAUGAAGAUACUGGAAAAUGGGAAAAUGAAGUUCAACAUAAUGAGAGAUUGUCUGGUAUUUCCACUUUAUAUUCCGUGAUAACUCGACUAAAGGUUGAUCAGUCUUACCUUGGUUACGAUCCUUCUUCAAUGAAACAUCCACUUCCAAUUUCUCACUCUUGGAUUUUUCUUGCACGAAUGGUUGAUACCCCAAGCGCUCUAGUUACAGAGACACACUUUGUGAUAGUUGGAUCAUGGUGGGAUGCCUGUUCUAGAGAAUUUCUUCAAGCUUAUGGAAGACAAAGUGCAAAACUUCUUCGAUUGAUUGUCGAAAAGUGGACAAGAAUCAAUGGGAAAUCUUCAGCAGGCAGAGUUAGAUUACAACUCCUAGGCGAAGAGUGGUCAAAGGGAGUAGUGAAAUCAUUCCCUGAAAUGGAAAUGUAA